UCCUCCCCCCAUCUAGCCAGACUUGCUGACUAUAUAUCCGGCGCUCAUAGAAUCUAUCUCAUUGGACGAACAGUCCUCUUCAUUCUUUUGUUCUUGUCAUUCAUUGAUUGUUUCACCGUAAUCCGACAUGUUCCCCUCCUCGAAAUCUGCACUGCUCCUGGCAGCUAUCCCCUCCGUUCUCUCUGCUGCCAUCCACACCGGCGUGUCUGACAUGCAAGCUGCCCCCCUCCAUCAACUCAUGCCCCGUGCAUUGAGCGUCUCUAAAUCUGGCAAUACCAUUACGGUCGAUACGGCUGGCGGUCUGGUCUUCAAGGUCCACAGCAAUAAUUGCGAUAUCACCUCUAUGGUGUACAACGGCCAGGAAGCGCAGGAUCAAUCCUCUGGACUCGGUUCUGCGACCGUCUCGUACACCACUAUUGGCAAUUAUGUCAAGAUUACUUGUGAAACGAGUACUCUGACGCAAUACCUUGUAGCCCAAUACAAGAACCCCGCCAUUCAUAUGGCCACUUACACGUCCGCUGAACCGUCCGUGGGCGAGUUAAGGUUCAUCGCGCGUCUUAAUCGCGCGGUUAUCUACAAGGGGUAUACGGAAUCGGAUGUCCAGGGCGGCACCGCGAUCGAGGGCAAGGACGUCUUCAAAGUGGGCAGCCAGACUCACAGCAAAUUCUAUUCCUCGAAGCGCUUCAUCGAGGACCAAGUCCACGGACUCACUGGUAACAACAUUGGCGCCUGGAUGAUAAUUCCUCGAUACGGUUAUGAAAGCUCUUCCGGCGGGCCCUUCUUCCGAGACAUCGAUAACCAAGGCACGGAACAGGAGGAACUAUACUUCUACAUGAACUCCAAUCACAUGCAGACGGAGUCCUACCGCCAGGGACUGCACGGCCCCUACGUGCUCCAAUUUACCACGGGCUCCUCCCCCUCUGCCGACGUCAACCUCGACUUCUGGGAGACCCUCGGCGAGAUCAAGGGCAUGGUCAACUUCGCCGACCGCGGGUACGUCAAGGGCACCGCGACGGGCGUCCCGCCCGGCUUCGACAUCGUGCUCGGGUGGAAGAACGACCAGGCGCAGUACUGGGUCAAGGCGGGCUCCGACGGGUCGUUCACGUCGCCGAAGAUGAAGCCCGGGAAGUACACGCAGACGCUGUAUAAGGGCGAGCUGGAGGUCGCGACGAGGGAUGUCACCGUUGAGAAGGGGAAGACGGUCUCCGGGAGCAUCGCGAGUACCGAGGGCCUGCCCAGCAGCUAUAUAUUCAAGUUCGGGGAGUUUGAUGGCACGCCCAAGGGAUUCCUCAAUGCCGAGUGCGUGCUGAAUCUAUUUCCCCCGUCUGACAGCCGCAUGCACGACUGGCUGCGCACAGUUACGAUCUCGCAAGGCACCGGCUACUUCCCCAUGGCAGUUUUCAAGGACAUCGGCCCCGUCACGAUCAGCGCUACGCUGACCUCCUCGCAACUCGGCGCCAGGACCCUCGUCGUCGCCACUACCUCUGCGUUUGCUGGCGGCCGUCCGCACGUUACUGUGAACAAUUGGUCAGGGCCUAAUCCAUCCGCCCCCACUCAGCCUGAUUCGCGAGGCGUCACGCGUGGAACAUGGAGGGGAAACAACAACCGCUACACCAUCUCCAUUCCCGACGGAGUCCUAGUAAAAGGCUCUAAUACCAUCAAAAUCGACGUACUUUCCGGAUCGUCAGGAAGCCAAUUCCUCUCACCUAACUUCGUCUUCGACGCCGUCAUGCUUUAUUAA